GCCCGCAUUCUCUGCUCUGCACAGCGAGGCCUUGCCGCCCACCUUCAGGCUGUGCAGCCAUGCUCUGGGGGCUCUGACCCCACGGAAGUCCAUGGGGAGCCCCAGACUGGCAGCUCUGCUCCUGCCUCUCCUGCUCUUCAUUGGCUUCUCUGCCCCCACUGGGAUUGGCUGCCCCUGUCUUCCGCACCGGAGCACCCACUGUCUGCUGGCCUCCCACAUGGAAGACACUCUCAGCGGAGGGUCUGCCCAUAUUCCUUGCCAGACCCACUUGGCCCUUCCUGUGUCCCCAAAGCCUUGCUGUGCUCAGCUCUGGCUCCACCCCUGCUGUUCGCACCUGCAUCUGGUGUCAAACCCUUCAGACCUCCAGGGGGGCUGGAUCCGCCUCCUGGUGCAGGAACACAGGAAGCCAUACAAGUUCUGGUUCUGUAGGAGACACAAGCUGCCAGCAUCUGCUCAGAGGAAGCUGCUGAGUAGCUGUUGCCUGUCCGAGAAGGGUCCUCACAUCGCUGUCCCCUUCCCAGACAUCUCUCACAAGGGACUGCGCUCUAAAAGGACCCAACCUUCAGAUCCAAAGGCAGUGGAAAGUCUCCCCAGACCCAGCUCACAACGGCAUGGAGGGCCCGAGUUCUCCUUUGAUUUGCUGCCUGAGGCACGGGCUAUUCGAGUGACCAUUCCUCCGGGACCCGAGGUCAGCGUGCGUCUUUGUCACCAGUGGGCGCUAGAAUGCGAAGAGCUGAGCAGUCCCCUCGAGGCCCAGAAAAUUGUGUCUGGGGGCCGUGCCAUAGACCUGCCUUAUGAGUUCCUUCUGCCGUGUCUGUGCGUAGAGGCAUCCUACCUGCAAGAAGACACCGUGAGGCGCAAAAAAUGCCCCUUCCAGAACUGGCCUGAAGCCUAUGGCCCGGACUUCUGGAAGUCAGUGCACUUUACUGACUACAGCCAGCACAGUCAGAUGGUCAUGGCUCUGACGCUCCGCUGCCCACUGAAGCUGGAGGCCUCCCUCUGCCAGAGGCAGGGCUGGCACGCCCUGUGUGAAGACCUCCCCAAUGCCACGGCUCGAGAGUCACAGGGGUGGUACAUUUUGGAGGGAGUAGACUUGCACCCCCAGCUCUGCUUUAAGUUCUCUUUUGGAAAUAGCAGCCACGUUGAAUGCCCCCACAGGACCGCGCCAUCCUGGAACGUGAGCAUGGACACCCACGCCCAGCAGCUGGUCCUUCACUUCUCCUCGAGGGUGCACGCCACCUUCAGCGCUGCCUGGAGCCAUCCGGGCUUGGGGCAGGACAGCUCGGCGCCCCCUGUGUAUAGCAUCAGCCAGACUCAGGGCUCAAGCCCAGUGAAGCUAGACCUUAUCAUUCCCUUCCUGAAGCCAGGGAGCUGUGUCCUGGUGUGGAGGUCAGAUGUUCAGUUUUCCUGGAAGCACCUUUUGUGUCCGGAUGUCUCUCAUAGACACCUGGGGCUCUUGAUCCUGGCACUGCUGGCGCUCACCACCCUGUCGGGCGUCGCUCUGGUACUCACCCGCCGGCGCCCACUGUCGGGCCCGAGCCACGCGCGGCCGGUGUUGCUCCUGCACGCGGCGGAGUCAGAGGCGCAGCUGCGCCUGGUGGGAGCCCUGGCUGAACUGCUGCGGGCGGCGCUGGGCGGCGGGUGCGACGUGAUCGUGGACCUGUGGGAGGCGACGCGCGUGGCGCGCGUGGGCCCGCUGCCGUGGCUGUGGGCGGCGCGGGCGCGCGUGGCGCAGGAGCGGGGCACCGUGCUGCUGCUGUGGAGCAGUGCCGACCCCAGUCUGGCGGGUGGCCCGGAUCCCCGCGCGGCGCCCCUGCGCGCCCUGUUGCGCGCGGCCCCGCGCCCGCUGCUGCUGCUCGCGUACUUCAGCCGCCUCUGUGCCAAGGGCGACAUCCCCCCGCCACUGCGCGCCCUGCCGCGCUACCGCCUGCUGCGCGACCUGCCGCGACUGCUGCAGGCACUGGACGCUCAACCUGCAGCCGGAGCCACCAGCUGGGGCCGCCUCGGGGCUCGUUCGUGCCUGCGAGGUCGCCUUGAGCUGUGCAGACGGCUGGAACGCGAGGCCGCCAGAUUUUGCCAACUGAGGCUGAGCAGAGACAGGCGUACGCGGAAUGGUUGGAAUCCCUGAACGAGCCUUCUACCCUGAAAUCUUUGGGGUGCCGCCUCGGGACUACUGGCCAAAAAUCCUCACGCUGUCUCCCAGCCCCGGAGCAGAGCACCUCCCUCGCUGGCCCAGCCCCUUCCCUACGUGUGUCUGUCUGGCUUCUUCCUUACGAUGACCCUUUCAGAGCCAGCAGGGAGAGUCGGUCUUUACUGAGGGCCCCACUGACCCCAGUUCCCCUCAAAAUUCCGGACAGAGUAGUUUGCACCUGCACCAGUCCAGGCUGGAGCGGUGCGGGACAGGGGCCGGGGAGGCAGGAGCUAUGGCAGUUCUGAGUGACGGGUGACUCCAGAGGGUGGAGAAAACCCCUUUCUGAGCCAGGAUACCGCUUUCCCCCACUGGAGUCCAGCCCAGAGGAGGAGGGAGGCGGGGAGAGAGCCUGAUCCAAGGAAAGAGGCUUCAGCCUUGAGUAGCCGGGACAAAGGUGUGACCAAGAUCAAGAAAAAUAAAUAAAGAUGAACAUAGUGGAUAGGCUAAGA